CGUCUCAUUAUUACCCAUACUAAAAUUUGUUGGCGGCUCCACUUCUACCUAAACACCCCCCGCCAACGCAAAUGUAUGUUCUUCCUAAAGCUGAGCUUUUCUUUCACUCCCGAGUUCCCAAUCCAUAGAACAACACCAUCCAUAUUUUAAUACAUUCUUAAUGAAGAUGCUUCAUCAAGAGAUCAUAGUUGAUAUACUAACCCGAUUACCGGCGAAAUCCAUCGGACGAUUCCGGUGCGUAUCAAAACCGUGGAAAUCACUUCUUUCGCAACCCCAUUUCAUUAAAACUCAUCUCAACCGAACCAAACACGACUUAAGAGAAGAAUCACUCAUUCUGUUUUGUGAUGAAUCUCAAUCUAUGUACUCUAUUCAGUUGAAUAACAAGAAUGCACACCAUGUGUUCGACAAAAUUACUACUCCUGCUACAAAGCUGUGUUUUUACGAUCAUCACAACUUUGCUUCGACGACUUUCGCUAGGAAUAUGGCGUCUUGUGAUGGGUUGAUAUUGGUAAGGGAUGAGGAAGACAAGUUGGUGUUGGUGAAUCCGACUACUAGGGAGGUUAAAGAAUUGCCCUGUUCUCCUUAUGCUCUUGAUCCUGGUGCUAGUUUUACUAUGUAUGGACUUGGGUAUGAUUCUGUUAGCGAUGAUUAUAAGGUUGUUACAAUUUCGUAUUAUGAUACUGAUAACGAGCAUGAGCCUGAUUGUACUGAGAUGUUUGUUAAUGUUUAUUCUGUUAGACAUGGUAGUUGGAAGUGCGCUGAUAGUUCUCCUUAUGAUCAUGCUGUUGGUCAUCUUGCUGCAGGGGUUUGUGUUGAUGGGUUUAUUUAUUGGUUAGCUAGUCGGAAUUCAGAUUAUUCGUCUGUUAUUGCAGCAUUUGAUUUAGGGGAGGAGAAAUUUCGCGAGAUGCCACCCCCGAGUUUGGUUGAUAGGGAGAAGUUUGUGUUUAAUCAUCUUGUGGCACUUGGAGGGUGCCUUUGUAUGUUCUCUUCGAGUGGGACGUGUGAGACUGAUUUUUGGGUUAUGAAACAGUAUGGUGUCGCGGAGUCUUGGACUAAAAUCACGAUCAUUAACCCUGAGGAGUCGGAGCUUAGGCCUAUGUGUUUGUUGGGGAAGGAACAAGUGGUGCUGGUGAAAGAUGAGGAGACAGUUGAUGAGAAACUAGUGAUGUACAAUUUGGAAGAAGGAAGUUUUAAGGAUAUUGCUGUUCAUGGCGUUUCAGAUCAAUUUUGUGUUGGAGGGUCCUUCAUAGAGAGCCUUGUUUGGCCUCAUUGCAAAAAUGGAGAUAUCAGAGAAUGUUAACUUUUCCCUACUAGGGAGUGUAUCGCAAUUUUAGAGGAUAUUCUCUCUGUGUUUUUUAAGAGAGCAACAAUUAUUCCCAUACAUUUUUUUUUUCUAAUAAUUAAAAUGUAACGUUAUUACUCAUGAUUUUGUUAUAGUAUUUGUUCUAAUGUAUUUCUAUGCACACUUUAUGUUCUUAAGAUAGUUGAUGACAUGUUCCUACC